AUGGUCGAUCUCGCAUUUCAAAAUUUUCGGUCUACUAUUGAACAACUUAGACGAGAAGUAAAUGAUAUUCGUCAACGCCAUAAUAAUGCCCAAAUCCAGAUUGCUGAACUAAAAACAAAAAUACAUGAUCUUACAAUGAUGAUCCACAAACACAAGAUAUUAUCAAUGGACUCACAAAUAGCUUUAAGUGAUAAAUAUACCAUGCCAAAAUUAGGUCUUGGUACAUGCCGAAGUGAACCACAAAAAGUACAAAAUAUUGUUAAAGAAGCUAUUUUAAAUUGUGGUUAUCGCUUAAUUGAUACUGCAUGGAUUUAUCAAAAUGAACAUGAAAUUGGUAAUGGUAUACAUAAAGCAAUUGAACAAAGUCAAGGACAAAUAAAACGUGAAGAUUUAUUUAUAACUACUAAAUUAUGGAAUCAACAUCAUCCUUCAGAAGUAGUUGAAUGGGCACUACGUGAUAGUUUAAAAAAACUUCGUUUAGAUUAUGUUGAUCUUUAUCUUAUACAUUGGCCCGUUGCAUUUAAAAAUAUGCCUGAAAAUAUUUGGUCACAAAAUGAAGAUGAAAAAACACGUUAUUUUGCUGAAAAUGUAACACUUUGUGAUACGUGGAAAGCUAUGGAAAAUUUAGUUGAUUUAAAAUUAACACGUUCAAUUGGUAUAUCAAAUUUUAAUGAAUCAGAAAUUGAAGAAAUACUUAAAAUAGCUCGUAUAAAACCAACUGUACAUCAAAUUGAAUUACAUCCAUAUUGUAAUCAACAUAAUAUGCGUCAAUAUUGUAUUAAACAUAAUAUUUCUAUAAUUAGUUAUUGUCCAUUAUCAAACUUAAAACGAGAGAAUGAACAUGAUGAAGAUGUAUCAGCAUUAUAUAAUCCUAUUAUACAAGAAAUAGCAAAAUCAAAACAUAAAACAACAGCACAAAUUAUUCUACGUUGGCAUCUUCAAAACGGUCUUGAGGGUGUGGGUGUGAGGUGGGGUGCGGGUGUGGGGGUGUGGGUGUAGGUGUGGGUGUGGGUGUGGGUGUGGGUGUGGGUGUGGGUGUAGGUGUGGGUGUGGGUGUGGGUGUGGGGGUGGGUGUGGGUGUGGGUGUGGGUGUGGGUGUGGGUGCGGGUGGGGGCGCGGGUGGGGGCGUGGGCGCGGGGGGGGGCGUGCGUGCGGG